CAUAGCUACCUAAGCAAGAGUUUCAAUGUUGUUAUUCUGAUAAAGAUGGGUGGCGUUUAUUGCAUGAUUCUUUGUUUUGUAUUUCUAAAAUUCAUAUCUGAAGCCAGUGCCCAGCCAGUCAGCUUUGUCUGUGAUAACAGCAGAGGGAACUACACAGCUAAUAGCACAUAUGAGUCGAAUCUGAACACCCUUUUAACCUCUCUUUCUUCUAACACACAAAUUGACUACGGUUUCUACAACUUCUCCUAUGGCCAAAACACAGACAAAGUCUACGCCAUUGGACACUGCAGAGGAGAUGUUAAGCCGGAGGAAUGCCGCAGUUGCCUCAAUAAUUCCAGGGUCGAUCUCAAACAGCGCUGUCCAAACCAAAAGGAGGCAAUUGAGUGGUUUGAUAAAUGCAUGUUGCGCUACUCGAACCGCACAAUAUUUGGCAUCGAGCAAGAUGAUCCACCUAUUAUCCUGUAUAACGAAAACAGCGCAACACAAGUGGAUGAGUUCAAUCAAAUUCUCGGAAACUUAUUGAAGAACCUCAAAGACACAGCGGCAGCAGGUGACUCUCGUCGUAAGUACGCUGCGGAUAAUGCAACUUUUUCAUAUUUUCAAAACAUUUACGGUCUAGUGCAGUGCACCCCUGAUUUGUCUCAGCAACAAUGCACUGACUGCUUGGAAGGACUUAUUUCACGGAUCCCAUAUUGCUGUAAUGACAAAGUAGGUGCUACAGUUAUUACACUCAGUUGUAAUAUUAGAUAUGAAACUCACAGAUUCUACGAAUCUGAUGAACAACAUUCAACACCGCCUCCUCCAUCCACCAAUAGCACUUCCUCAGGAGAGAGUGACAACAAAGUACCGAUUGUCAUUGCUGUAAUUGUGCCUACUGUUGUUGUUGUUUUGCUCCUUUCUCUCUGCUUAUAUUCAAGGAGGUGGAAGGCAAUGAAAAAUCUUGCAGGUGAAGGCAAAGAAGAUGAAGAUGAGGAUGAAAUUAAAAUUGCUGAGUCAUUACAAUUCAACUUGGACACAAUACGAGUUGCUACAGAAGACUUCUCUGAUUCUAAUAAACUUGGACAAGGUGGAUUUGGAGCUGUUUACCGGGGUAAGCUCUCCAACGGGCAGAUGAUUGCAGUCAAAAGAUUGUCAAGAGAUUCGCGCCAAGGAGAUACGGAAUUUAAGAAUGAAGUGCUUUUAGUGGCCAAGCUUCAGCACCGAAAUUUAGUUAGACUACUUGGUUUCUGCUUGGAAGGAAGAGAGAGGCUACUUGUCUAUGAAUUUGUUCCUAAUAAAAGUCUUGAUUUUUUCAUAUUUGAUCCAACCAUGAAAGCACAAUUUGAUUGGGAAAGGCGUUACCAAAUCAUUAGAGGUAUUGUUCGAGGACUUCUUUACCUUCACGAAGAUUCUCGACUACGUAUUAUACAUCGUGAUCUCAAAACAAGUAACAUUCUUCUAGACGAAGAAAUGAAUCCUAAAAUAGCAGAUUUUGGCAUGGCAAAACUAGUUUUAGUGGAUCAAACUCAAGUAAAUACAAAUAGAAUUGUCGGAACCUAUGGAUAUAUGGCACCAGAGUAUGCGAUGCAUGGACAAUUUUCUGUAAAAUCAGAUGUCUUCAGUUUUGGUGUACUAGUUCUUGAGAUUGUAAGCGGUCAGAAGAACAGUGGCAUUCGUGAUGGGGAGAGUGUUGAGGAUCUACUAUGCUUCGCAUGGAGAAAUUGGAAGGAGGGGACAGCAACAAAUAUUGUAGAUCCAUUGUUAAACAACAAUUCCCGAAAUGAAAUGAUGAGAUGCAUUCAUAUUGGUUUACUCUGUAUUCAAGAAAAUUCAUCUGACAGACCAACCAUGGCUACCAUUAUGCUCAUGCUUAAUAGCUAUUCUCUCAGCCUCCCAAUUCCUACAGAACCUGCAUUUUAUACAAACAGUAGAACUAGAAGUCUUCCAGAGAUGCAAUCAUGGGAGUAUAAUUCAAGAGAAACUGGAUCAAGUGAACCGAUACUUAAAUCAGCUCAAGAAUCAGAAAAUGAAGCUUCAAUUACUGAGCUAUACCCUCGCUAGAUUUUGUUCACGGGAGUGAGAUUCAUUCAUCAUCAUCAAAUGCUUCCGGUCUUAAACCAGAAUACAGAGACUUAGAAGUCAUGUAAUUUGUUCUAGCAAUUUCUUGUUUAAAUAUACCACGCAUCCUCUCUGUUUAAACUGAGACAGAAACCUGCGAUAUUAUGACCUUCAGCUAGUCUUGAAGUAUAUGUUAUGGCUAUUAUAUUAGUUGUUGGAUUUACAUAUAAUGGUUAUAAAAGCUAGAAAUAGAUUUUUUUAAUUUGUUAACAAGCAACCACAC